AUGUCGGUAGCCUUCGUACCGGACUGGCUGCGGGGCAAGGCUGAAGUGAAUCAAGAGACUAUCCAGCGGCUCCUGGAGGAAAAUGAUCAGUUGAUUCGCUGUAUCGUGGAGUAUCAGAACAAGGGCCGGGCAAACGAAUGCGUCCAGUACCAGCAUGUGUUACACAGAAAUCUCAUUUAUUUGGCUACUAUUGCAGAUGCCAGCCCAACCGGUGCUGCACAACCAGUGGAAUAA